AUGGCGCAUCGACGAGGUAGAAGUGUUCCAGGACAUCGAGAAGGGCAUCUUCACUUGAAUGGAGGUGAGCCGGUGAACCCUUUUUGGUCCCAAGGAGUACAAGAGGCAGCAAUGGUGGACAGGCUGAGACCAGCCAACCUACCGCCAGUCCGGGUAACUCCAGAAAGCCUACCUCCAGUACCUGCUGAUGAAUGGGAUGGAGAUGAGACACCAAGACCGGUGCAGGGGCUUCCUCGAGCGAUGGGCAGUGGUGGGGGACUGCUGAGAAGUCAAGGCACAAUGCCAACUGUGGCAUUUGAGACACCUAGCAGCCGGGAGCCUCGCACUCCAGGACCACAGGGCACUCAGGUGUUCAGGAUGGAGGAAGAAGCUUCGAACUUCAAUCUCUUUGACUUUGAUGAGGACUUGGUGCAGCAAUCUUCAUGUGCAGGAAUUCCUCAAGACAUCGAGGGAAAGGUCAAGGGGGAAACGAUCAAGGAGAACGACAAGGUGAUGGACUUCGUUCUCAAGGACCUCUACGGCAAGAUCGAGACGGAAGGGAAAGGGAAUCUCCUGGACAAAAGCAACGUUCUCUGGACCUUCUGGGUGAUGUUCUUCGAGGUUCACAUGGUGAUGUCUCAGCUCUGCAACGUGGAAGGGGCCAAAGCCCAAAACAUCCGCAACGUGGAGGAAGUCGUCAUGGAAACGAUCGAGGCUCACGUGGACUUUCUGGAGAGACCGUCACAGGAAAAUGAGGAGCUUCGAAAAAGGUUGGAUGCAAUUGACAAGAACCAGCCUUCUUCUCAUGGACAACAAGGUCAACGUGCUCAACAAGAUCAACAACGUGAAGAAUUGGAUACUUCAAGUUGGGAAUCGAUUCCUUCAAAAGCGACCCCAACGACACCUACAAACCGCCAGACUAAAGAUGUGGCCAAAGUCACUCCUGGUGGAACUCAACUUCCAGAUGGACCGCCGCCCAUUGACAAGGUGGAGAAAGAUCCUAUGCCGCCGCCAUUGCCUCCAGUGCCACCAAUGCUUUUUGGGGGAUACGAGGAGCACAAUGAAGCGGGGGUUAACAAGUGGCUUGGACCUCAAGCAGUACGUGUUGGUGCUCAACAAGGUGAUGGAGGGGUACAUGGCUUCUGGAAUAGCAGAAGAGGUGGAAUCCAACAAGUACCUGAUCCCGAAGCGGAAAGGGUUCAACGACUUGAGCAAGAACUCAGGGAACUUCGCGAAGCUUUGACUAUGCGACGGUUACCUGGUCAAGCCCUCCCAAAGACUCUGGCUGCUGAGAUGAUUGCGAAUCGCCAGCUUGGGGCUGCUCAGAUCAUCUUCAAGGUGAUGAAGGUCUACCAACCAGGAGGCUUGGGUGAAAGACAAAACACUUUGCAAGCUCUCACAACAACUCAACCUGCUGGAACGAUAACAAAGCUGGUAGUCCAGCACAACCUGUAUGCCGCUUCUGGAAGUCAGAUCAAGGAAUGCAAGUUCCAGCAUCCAGCACAUGAAGAUGGCAAGUACCACUGCUACACUUGCGGAGCAACAAACCACAAAAAACCGGAUUGCCCCUACAACUCUCCGACCAAGGAGGACAAGAGCAACACUACGACUGGAGCUUCGAAAGGUUCUCCAGCCGGGGGGAGUGGUGCCGGUGGUGGUGAUGGAAAAAGCUCUGGCAAACAGGGUGGAAAAAGCUACAAGGGCAAAAGUGGAAAGGCCAACAAAGACGACCAGAAGGGCAACUCGGCAGGAUCAAAAGAUGAUCAAAAGAAUGUGAAGAAAGUUGAAACUGAAGGAGGAAAAGAAGCACCAGCUGAGUCAAAAGGAACAUCAGGUGCUGGCACGGGGGAGACUUCGACUUUGGUGACUGAGGUAUCAUCGUUGAUAAAGACUCUUAAAACCCCGGAAUCCUCUUCAACGGCAUACCGCCAUGUCAAGACAGUGAACCUCCGGAAGAUUGACAUGGGCAAGAAUCAAAGGGUUUUGAUCGAUGGUGGGGAGCAGCACCAGGAACUUCAAAGAACUCAUGACAUCGAGGUGAUCCCUGGGAAGCUUGUGGCAACGAUCAAGCCACCUUUCAAAAGAAAAGCAAGGUUGGUGGCAUGUGGCAACCAGGCUUCAAAGAAUGAAGAUGCUGAAGUGGCAGCAGGUGGACUAUGCACGGUCUGUACAAGGUCACUGGUGUCAAAGGCAGCCCAAAAGGAAUGGGGCUGUGCAACGGUGGAUGUGAAAACAGCAUUUCUUCAAGCACCACGACGUGAAGAAAAGGGCAAGUUGACGUUGGUCACACCGCCGGCGAUCACCAAGGAGGCACAAGUCUUUGGCCAAGAAUGGUGGCUGGUCAAAGGUGCGCUCUAUGGGCUGGUGGGACGUCCUAAGGACUGGGCAGUCUACAGGGACGCUACGUGCAAGACCAUUAGCUGGAAGGGUGAAACUGGUCAACAUCGACGCCUGGCUCCAACACCGGAGCCACAUGUGUGGUCAAUUGAAGAGAUGGAAAAGACUUCCAAUGGCAAGAAGUGGUUCGUCAUUGGCAACAUGGGGGUCUAUGUGGAUGAUCUCUUGCUCGUGGCCCCGGACAACAUCCUUGAGGAGACCUUGAAGGCCUUGGAGGAGAGGUUCACACUGGCUACGCCGGAAUGGGUCAUGGGGGAGAAAACUGUCACAUUUUGUGGCUAUGAAAUCUCAAAGACCGACCAGGGCUAUGCGCUGGGACAAGAGAAAUACAUCCGCAACCUCAUGGACAAGCACAACAUCAAACAAACAGCAGGGGUUCCGUGCCCAAAGGUUGAAGAAGGACCAGAAGAGCCUGCUGAGAACCUCCAAGGGCCAGUCCUGCGAGCAGCCCAGCAGUUGUGCGGGGAGUUGAUGUGGCUCACUACAAGGACACGACCAGAUGUGGCGUACACGGUGGGGGGUCAUGUCAAGGCUGCUUCACAAAAGGCCUGGCUACGUGGUGGAAGUUGGACAGCAAUGCCUGAAGUACCUUUGCGGCAGUGCAUCAAAGAGGCAGAGCUCUUGGCGUACAACGAGGCGUACCAGAAUGGGGAGUCAACAGGAGCUCUUCUGGAAGUCCUUGAGUACAGGGGAGUGAAAAAGCACAUGCAGGGUGACAGCAAGUCUGGCAUCAGCCAACUCACCUCCGACACAGGACAGGCAUUCACCCGCUUUUUGGGGUUGAUUGGAAUGGCAGAAGAUGGAGAAGUUUCAGUUUCCAAGGUGGUGGGCCCUUCAUGGACUAGCUCAACUACGGCAUCAACUGGCUUCAAUACAGCGUUGGAGGGCGUGGGAGCUGCAGUCAUGAAGGCUUCGACCUACAUCAUGGAGGAGACCUACUACCAGGACUUGAACAUCUUGCUGAGGCCACCAAAAGGUGCUCUGCAGGAGCAAUCAGUGCAUGUGACUAGAGGGUUGCAAUCAGUGCAUGAGGUGCCAAGGGUGAGCGCACUUCGAUGUGAAGAAGAUCCUGAUGAUCCCAUUGAAGAUGAUGACUCAGAGGCAGAUCCUGGGGUGCCAUUCCCGCAUGGGGAUCCUCACGGCAAUGCCUACCUACGACAACUUGGACAGGUACCUCCCAACUAUAAAGCUCCUCCAGUGCAAUGGAUGCAACAACAUGCGCCUAAGGCAGCACUGCCUAAAGCAAGACCAAAGAGGAGGGCAGAAGAGGCACAACCAAAACAACGUGCAGAAGUUCUACAACCCAAACAACGUGCAGAAGCCUGUCUCAGAGCAGCUGAACGGGGAAGCAUACAUCAAGCUGUACGACGUGAACAACAACAGCAGGGUGCUUCUGCCAACAGCUCAGCAAAUCAACAGGGAGGUCCACAACAGCAACGUCAAGGAUCUUUAUCAAGAGAACAACAUGACGAUGAUCGACUUGUAGCAGAACCUCAACAACCUGCCAGGUCGAGCCAGAGCAGUACACAACCAGUGGCAACUACGCAACUGGAUGAGGAUGCUGGAGGCGACGGCAGCUUUGAGUUGGUCGAAGAUCCUGAAGGACAAGGCCCAGGACCACGACUUCGGGCAAUGUCUCUCUGUUCAUCCGCUGAUGGUGCCAUGGGAUCGUCGGUGACUUUGGCAUCGACACGAUUGGUCGCGGAUGAGGGGGAGAUGGGCUUGGAUUUGAUGGACACCCAGAAGGGCUUGUUCAAAAGGAGGACCAAAAAGGUCAAACAAGACCGACUUGAGGACAGCAGUUGGAGUGGAAAAGGUGAUCGUGGUCGGCAAGAAGAUCGUGACGAUCGAAGAGACCGCGGUGCUCCUGGCAAACUGAUUGAGAGAUAUGAUGAGGUGCACCAUGUGGAGGAAUCAUCCCAGGAUGAAGAGAAAGAGGGCAUCAGGCGCGUGGUGUUGGACGAUGAGAAGGGCUUCUCUUCAGGAGAUGAUGCAGUACCAGUGCGGACAGUUCAGAAGCAGGAAGGCCAAGCCUCAAGUAGCGCUGGACUAGGUGCUGGGAAACCUGAACAUGGAGAAGGUCAACUACAUGAAGCAGCACUACAACCUGGAGUUCCCGAACGAGAUGAGGUCAAGAAAGAUGAAGGACCCAAAUUGAAGAAGUACCGAAGAGUACGGGUGAAAAAGCAAGCGCCGCAGUUGGAGAGAGAGGUCAAGGAGAUGCAGAGUGCAAGAAGAACGCGAAAUGAAAGGAGGAGACGAAAAGGCAGUUUGCUGAGGCAAAAGCGGCAGGCCGCAGAAUCCUCUCCUUCUGAGGAGUGGGACAAAGAGCGCAAAGAAAAGAAUGAAAAAAUGCGCCAAGAAAGACUGCGGAAGUCAUGGCUUGAUCGGGAAAUAGCACGUCGAGCCCUUCAACAAGAAAGAGGUGCUACCCGAGAAGCAGUUUUGAGGAGUACAACUUCAUCGGCAUCUGGACCACUUACGGAUGAGGAGUGGGUACAAAUGAAAAAGAUGAUGAAACGCUUGCCACCAGCACUCGAGAAGCCCAAGAAGGAUGAAGAACAAACGCAGGACAAAAAGGCCAAAACAGUCCAAAAGGAGGCGAAGCAUGGGAUGCCACCGCCGGGAUUGCCGGCACCACCUCCGCAUGGAUAUGCUGGAGUAUGGAGAGGUGGAUGCUGUCCUGGCUUUCGUUGGCAAGGUCUCCUGAAGAACUUGCAGAAGCGACGGCAUGGCUGGAAAGACAGCGUGGAGGCUCAGAAGUGGAUCUUCGCACACCAGGCGAUGUGGUCAGGCAUGACUUGGCGAUGGCAAUGGCAAAGUCAAGGCUCACAGCAGGAGCGACGGGACCAUGCUGAGAUCCUGGAGACAUCAGAAGUAGAGAUACAGGAGGUGCAGUACGACGAAACCAACAGGGAUCAAAACGAGCAAAUGGCCUUACGACCUAAAGCUCGUCCUCAACUUCGGCAGGAUCCUCGACAUGGGGCGAUGGCUGCAACUGGAGGCGACGGUGGAAGAGAUGGUCACCGAGAUGGAAAUGAUCCGCAUCGCCACGACAGCGGAAGUCCUGAGCCUGAAGCAGAGGACAAUGAGGAGGAAGACUCUGUGGAAGAAACGGAGACCCAGGAGUUCAUGUACCGGAUGAAGAGAAGAUCCGACGAGCUGACGGGACGCAAGAACAAGUUCCAGGUUGGCAAGAGCUCUGCAUGGGAGCCACAGAAGCUUCGAAAGGGGCGUGGCCACACGGUCGGAUGGUGGCCGGAACGUCGUGGAAAGGGCUCAAGGGGUGAGGAGUCCACAAUAACCCACUCCGUCGAUAGCCCAACAAUGGGAUGGCAACGGAUCUAUGCGAAGGGCAAGCAACCAAGAGCACUUCGCAUCUCCAACCAAGGAGGCAAAGGCAGUGGGGGCCGCAUCGUCCUGCAAGGCAAGGGCGCCAACCCAGCGGCCGAAAUGCAACUGGCACAGUCAAUCAGCCGCGCAGCAGCUGCAAUACGGCGGGCUGAGAGUGCUGUGGCUACCCACCGGAAUGGCAGCGAAGGAGCAGAAGCAGCCUAUGAUGAAGCGGCUGAGGCUGCGAACCAGUUCCUGGAAGCGGACGCAAUGCUGCAUCCGCCAUCAGGCGCUUCGAGCUCAAGUGCAGCACCUGUGGGAAAGGGAGCCGCUAAUUUGGGAUUGGAGACCUACCGCGACUUCAUCCAGAACAAGGGCAAGGGCAAAGGUAAAUCAAGCCGAGUUCAUGCAGAUGCGGCUGCAGAAAGUGGUGAAGAAUCUGACCCUGAAGCAGAUCCUGAAGAGGAAAACUAUGAAGAAGAGAUUGAAGAAGAAGAAGAAGAAGAAGAAGAAGAACAUGGUGAUGAUGGGGACUACGUCGAGGUGGAGCUCGAGGUGAUCCCUGAAGAAGACCAUGAUGGUCAUGAUGCGGAUGGUUCUGCAACAGAGGACCAGGAAGAUGCAGGCCGUGAUGAUGGCGGACCUGAAGCGCAUGGCCUGGAAAACAAUGAAGAAGAAGAACGCCAUGAGGACGACCCGAACUACAACGAGGAAGAGGAGUUCGUCCAUGAAGAGCACAGCCGAGAGAAGCUUUGGGCCUGA